AUAGGCUGAAGCAACAAUAUUUACAUACAUAGCUAGAGGACGGUUCGCACGCCCUAUCCUAUCCGUGGAUUUUGUUAAGAUCGACAGUAGAGGCAGCAUCCAUAGGAAGAUGGUACCCAGGGUACUUGGCGACACAAUCGCCCUGCUAGCGGCUAUCAGUCUGCUUUGCCCAGGAUCCCACGGUGAUUUACUGCCAAACUGCACACUGCCAGAUGGAAUCAUAAAGAACUAUGAAGAUAGGAUCUAUAUCCAGCCCGACAUUGAUCAGGCCGCAGUUGCGUUGCAUUUGGGUACUGGAAACCUCUACAAGAAAACAUUCACAUUCACAUCACCUUGCAAUCUGUUAUUGAAAGCGGUUUCACUCAUGUACACUGGAUCAUGCUCAGUAACAGUGAGUUAUGGCAGUGAUAACAUAUUUCUUGAGACUCUUCACUUUCCAGUUCCGCUGAGAGACCACUGGCACACUCAAUUCGAAAACUUAAAUCAAGCUGCAACCCAAACGCUCAACGAGUACAUGACAAGGAAUAAGAGAACGAAGUUGAUGAUAUCCAUUUCUGCCAGGGAUGCACGUUGCAACAUCUACAGACUCGAGAGAAGCAGCCGCAUAAUAAGAGGAUUGGCCAUAAUUGCCCAGGUUAUCCAUCCGCCUGCUGCCACAAGCCCUGCUCCCAAUCGUACUGUAACAGCUACAUCAGUUCCUAGCCGUUCAACACAGCAGGCGACUGCCUCUACAGCAACAGCUCCAGUUACGACUGCCUCCACAGUUCCAACUCCAGUUACGAACACUGCAAUAGUGGAGUCAACUAGUACCGCUGGCACCUCUGUUACUCAGAUCAAGACAUCGACUCCAGCGACAACCCUAGUUGAACAUCUUGAUGAAAAGCAAAGAGGAUUUAGUUUGGUUACUACCAUUGUUAUUCCUUUGGUUGUACUUUCUGUUCUCCUGAGCGUUUUCAUUCUGCUGUUACGGGUGCGGUCACGAACCUUUCUUUCUGGCAGCAGUCAUCCGUGGAUCAUCGCUAUUCGUAAAUCGACAGUCCCGCAAAAUAGGCCAGACCCAAUAAAUCAGUUUUACGAGAAUCACAACGGUCCUGACGGCGCUGACCGGGGACCUACGUCAGAACUGACGAAUCCGGGUCUGUACUCGGCCGUUGGACCUGGUUACAGCCAUCCAACCAACCUUUCCAAGACACCUCCUGAUAAAGCUGCUGCUCUUUAUGACAGUUGUACGGAGAAUGAGACUUACACGUAUGCUACCCGUGAUGGUGCUGCGCCAACGUGUUCUGUCAACACGGAAACGAAGCAGAAAGAUGCUGGUGAGCCAUACGCCAGCGUGCAGUCUAUGUUUGAUCAAUCAAUCGAGGAUGUCCAUUCACAACCUAAAAGCCAGGAAACAGAGACAGCCAGACAGGAAGCCGAAGAAGCCCCAGCCGUCUGCUACUCAGUUCCCCACAAGUCGGAUACGACAGAUGUUCGCAGACCUUACGAAAACGCAGAGGAGUGCACGGGUACUAAGGGUGAUGAACAACCCCACACUACACAUUCAAUCGACCACAUAUGUCGUGCUACGGAUGUAACAUCACGUAGCGUCCUAUCGAGGUCCGCGCAAUCCGCCGUACAUAACCAGAAGUGUAUCAAUCCAGAUGAUGUGGAACGCAAACAACGCCGUGGUCUGAGCGACGCAACAACAGUAGUAUGCCGCGAUACCAACACCACUACCAGCACAAACCCGCAGUCAUCUCGCUUAUCCCUUCCAGCCACAUCUACAUCGACGCCGGCUGGGUCAGACACUCCAAGAUGUGUGUCUCCAUCUCAGGUCCCAAAGCCUCUGCCAUAUCGGGUAUUCAAAGUAUUGAAGGACAGCCAGGGCGAUUACAUGAACCCACAGGACACAGUCUCCUAUCAAGGCGCUGACCAGCCUGAUACAGACACUGAUCCUAACAUCUAUGCAGAACCAGCCAUCUCCCUGAACGAUGAUGGAUUGUGCAACGCAUCCACCCUUGAAAGAAGAGAUGAGGUGGUUGGUAUCAGCACUGUGCCGGUUGAGCUUCCUGAUCCUUCUGCCAUAUAUGCUGUGCCACAGAAGGGCUGCGCGGAAACUUGAAGCAUGUACAUCUAAAAUUACUUCGGUGCCAGAUCAAAUUCGCUAGUUUUUCAAUAUUUCAUAAUUUCCAGACCAGGACUAAAAUUAUUUUUGUCAGCGCCGACGACUUCCGAAAUCACUCAUUUGUUUCCACGCUUCGUUUCUAAUUCGAUUCGCGAAAAUACACCAAGUGAAAUUAGUCACCCAAUGAACAUAAACAUACCCCCACCACCCUAUCACAUUAUUUUGGAGUAUCCUUUUCCGUGUUUUUUGAUCCUUGAAGGGUGUUGGCAUUCCUACGGAUACGGAAAACUGGCCGAAUCUGACGCGAACCGUGGUUUAGUUUUCUUUUUCCUCAUCCUCACCGUGCCACCCAAUUCUACCUAUUUUCCACCUACAGUCGAUGAUUUCUUUCUAAUCCAUUUUUAUCUUCCACGACCGCCCGCUUUGUCUACUUUGACAAUACGGCUUGCCUGUCAAUAACAUCUCUGCUCGUUGCAUGCAUUAAAAGAUUUUUGUUUCUUUUCGUCUUCAAUGUUACAGUUCACAUGUGUAUAUUUCAGUGCUAUUGUUUCAGGUGUUAUUUUACCUUACUUUGG